AUGGCUUCAGUUGGUGUUGUAACCCGUGUAUUACUAGGAAAGAAUGCCGUCAACAAAGUGGCCGCUGUUAAUACCGGUUUCGUCAAAUUCUACAGCUCAGCCCCAGCAUAUGAGAACAUCAAAGUCGAGGUAGUGGGUUCCAAAUCAAAUGUAGGUCUCAUCCAAUUGAACCGCCCUAAGGCCCUGAAUGCUCUAUGUGGCCCUCUGUUUGUGGAGCUGGGACAAGCUGUAAGGAAUUUCGACGCCAAUGACAAGAUUGCUGCCAUUGUCAUCACUGGUAAUGAGAAGGCCUUUGCUGCCGGCGCUGACAUUAAAGAAAUGCAGAACAACAAUUACAGCAGCAAUGUAAAGAAUGGCUUCCUCAAGGACUGGGAAGACGUAUCCAACUGUGGCAAACCUAUUAUUGCUGCUGUCAAUGGCUUUGCUCUUGGCGGUGGAUGCGAACUUGCCAUGCUCUGUGAUAUCAUCUACGCCGGUGAAAAGGCCAAGUUCGGUCAGCCAGAGAUCAACAUUGGCACCAUUCCCGGAGCCGGUGGCACCCAGCGCCUGCCCCGCUACGUCGGCAAGUCGAAGGCCAUGGAGAUCGUACUCACUGGUAACUUCAUUGAUGCCAAUGAAGCUGAAAAAAUGGGUCUCGUGAGCCGCGUAUUCCCAGUAGAGAAACUUCUCGAAGAAACCAUCAAACUAGCAGAAAGGAUCGGCACGCACUCCCCACUCAUCGUGAAAUUGGCUAAACAGGCCGUUAACCAAGCAUAUGAGACCACUCUGAAGUCUGGAUUACAGUUUGAGAAGUCACUCUUCUACGGCACUUUCGCUACGGAGGACCGCAAAGAGGGCAUGACUGCAUUCGUGGAGAAGAGACCCCCAGCCUUCAAAAAUGAAUAA